CGUCGGCAAGAACACGUUGUAGUUGUUGACAUACGUAACACAUUCGAAAUCGUAAUUCUCGCCGUAAAUGGAAAACAAGGACGUUACGGGCUUGGAAGUGGACGAUGGUCCCCAGGUCGGAAGUUCGAAGACCAUGCUGUCCCGUUCUUUCAGCAAGGUGAGCAACGUCACGUUCUCCGCCAAGAAGACGAUGGCUCAGGGCCUGAUGGACAUCUCGCUCCUGACGGCCAACGCCAAUCAGCUCCGGUACAUAAUCGAGUAUCGCCACGACAACCCUACGAACUUUAUCGUUCUAUUGGCACUGAUCGUGUGCAGCCUGAUAUUACAAGUGAUAGUGGGAACGAUGCUCAUUUUCAAAGAACGCAUGCGCUGCUGCGGAGGCAGUGGUGGCGAGAACGCGGCGAACGUGGACGCGGUUCAACUUAACAACUACGCGGUCCUGGGAGUAUUCCUUAUAACGAUCAUCAAUAUAUUCAUCGCUGCGUUUACCAUAGCGUCGACCUGACCUAACUUGCUUCGAUGCGUAACGCCGUAAUGAGUUUGUCGUGCAACAAUCACAUCGUCGAUGUAAACGCGUUCGAUGUUUCACGGAUUCACGUGCCAUCGGAAAUAAUUACUGUGCACCGAAAAACUGUAUCGUGUUAUUGUUGUACGCCAUCGAUUAAAAUAAAUAAAAUAUAAACUCA